GUUUUCAAACAGCAAUACACGUGAGUGACUUCCUACACCGCUGGUGGCAGUAGUCAGCUUAUAGUGGAAUCCUUCUGCCUUUAAAAAGAUAUGAAAGAGAACUUUGGAUAAUACACAAUGGAAAUCCUUAGAAUUAUAAGCACACGCAGGGAGGUAAGAGUAUAGUUCUGACUGCCGUUUUUAACUGUAGUAAUAAAGGGUUAGAUGGGCAGGUGAAUUAGGCUUCCUUCCUACUUUUAGUUUCUAAAUGACAAAAGCUAGCUGGCUAAUGUUACGUGCUAACCAGUAACAUAGGCGAUGUAAUAACGUUGAUUUCUUAGAAUAGUUAACGUUAUGUUCUCACUGACUAAUUUUAACCAAGUUUGACAGACAAAACGAGGCAACGUUAUUCUAGUGCUUUGCUUAGGGGAAGACAUUGUAGCCGUCACAAAACAACAACGACGCAACGUAGUUAGCUUGCUAGCCUAACUACUUUAGGAGGUGAAGAUAUUGAAACAGGACAUGGAUUUCUUCAGAUUUCUUGAGUUUGUCCCUGGAUUAUGAGCAGUUUCGCGGACAAGGGAAUGACAGAAUAAUAGCUGAUUUGAGUGGGCAUUUUUGUGUCGAACUAUGGGAAAUUAUAGACCUAUAUCACUGUUUUUACAUUAUUUGUUUACACAUUAAGUUUUGAAGGAAAACAUUUUAUUAGGAUGCAAGAAAAUCAAUAAUUGUACGGUUUUCACCAGUGGUGUUCAGUCACUAUUUUCCUAAGACAAAAACUGACUUACUUUGUCUACACUCAGUGUGCAGUGGCUUUGUGGAGCUAGAUUAUUUUCACAUUUGGUGCUAGAAUUGAAGAGGGUCCUCCAAUAUUUAUCAAGGACACUUAAUUCAGUAAAGCUGUGAUCUAUUUCUUGGAAUAGGCUUGUAAACACUGUGCAAGGGGUGGUAAACGGUAUCAACUUAACUUCUACCUCAGACUCUUAUCCAUCAAAAUAAACCAACAACCGAGCAAAAUGGAUAACCAGCUUUCAACUACUGUUUCCCCUAACUCUUCGUUCAACCCUUUUCCUAUUGAACCUGCUGUGGCCCCAUCUGUGCAGUUGGGGUUUACCACCCUAUACACUUGCCUAUAUGGCAGUCUCUUCAUAAUAGUGUAUAUCCAGCUGUGGCUCCUUUUGCGAUACGGCCAUAAGCGCUGGAGUUACCAGAGCAUUUUCCUGUUUUUAUGCCUUUUCUGGGCAGCCCUGCGCACCACGCUUUUUUCCUUUUACUUUUGCAAUGCUGUGGCAGCCAACCACCUGCCCGCCCCAGUCUACUGGCUCCUGUACUGCUGCCCAGUGUGCUUGCAGUUUUUCACCCUGAGUCUCAUCAACCUGUACUUCACUCAGGUUGUGCUGAAAGUGAGGGGGAAGUACAGCUAUGAACCAAGCAAAGGACAGUAUGUGUCCCGCUGCGCCUAUGCCGCCAUGAGUGCAGUCUUCCUCUGUGUGAAUGUGGUGUGUGCCGCCCUCGGAGAGCCGGGGGAAAGUAGCGACAAAACCUGGAGGCUGGUGCUUGUGCGGGUUCUGGUCAAUGACCUGCUCUUCAUCGUGGAGGCGAUCUGCCUGGCCACCUCUCUGCUUCUCCUGACACGCUUUUCUCCGUCCACCAGCCUCUACCUGCACAGUAAGGGUACAUCAGUAUGCCAGACUGCAGUGCAGGGAGCAGGGGUGAUUCUGCUGUUCCUCAGCAGGGCGUGUUACAAUCUGGCAGUGCUCAUGCUGUCCAAAGAUCAUAAGGUGGAAGCCUUUGAUUUUGAUUGGUACAACGUCUCAGACCAGGCUGACCUACACAGCGAGCUUGGAGAUAGGGGGUACCUCGUGUUCGGGGCAAUUCUCUUCAUCUGGGAGCUGCUCCCGACCAGUUUGCUCAUUCUUAUAUUCAGAGUCCGCCAGCCUCCACAAGAAGUGAAUUAUACUCCAGCAGUCAACAGUCAAGGCCCGCGUUCCUACUUCUUCGAUGACCCUCAGAGGAUGGACGACGACGAAGGUGUCCCGUGGGGCUUCAACACACACCACCAUAGCAGCUGGUUUGGCUCCUCCAGUGAGACGGCGCCCCUUCUCUUUGCCAGUGCUAAUGACCAGACCAGCCAGCAUCACUCUCUCUACUCCACUCCACAGAACUGACCGACUUGGGGCAAUACUUGGGCAUUUCCAAGACCUCGGUCAGGCGGAGUAUUUGCACUCUUCAGGCACUUCGCAGACUACUUGCACCUUCACAUUCCAACCAGACCACUAUCCUGUCAAAGACUAUCAGGGACACCUGUGAUUUCUCUUGAUGAGUUGAAGUCAUCUGGCGUUCCAAAGGCUCAAUGGUCUAUAUAAAAGCUGUAGUGAACAAUAGUAGACAGUUUUACCCUUUCUCUCAAGUUUCAGCCAGUCUUAGUUCUUGUGGAUAAAAGGGUACUAGAGUCAUUCCUCAGUCAUGAUUUUUCAAUGUAUAACUAAAGUGGUAUGCAUUUUUAAUACUUCAACCUGUUAAGAUUGUUCUCUAAAUUAUUUUCCUAUGACCCAGACCCCUUAGAAGAUAUAUUUUAUUAGAUAUCCUUUGAUUUUGGAGAGGGGCGGGGGGAGGAGUUCAGAAAAAGGGAACAAGGAUUGAUCGCAGGGCUUGAGAUUGCUGUGUAUUAAUGUAUUAAUGUGUUGCUCAUUUUAAAAGGGAAUUUGAAUGGAAGAUGGUAUUAAUUUAUAAAAUUCCAUUAAACCAA